UGCACCCAAAGGCAAGAGAGGUAAACCAAGCGGCGAAUUUCAAUCGACUAGUUCAUCUCGAGGUAGCUUAAGGAAGGAAGCGCAAGAGAGAGAGAGAGAGGACAAGAUGACGCUCAACAAGGCGUUCGUGUUGUGCCUCGCGGCGGUGAGCCUGGUCGCGGCCGGCUCCAUACGCCACGAGCAAUACGAGCAUCAGCAGCAGCAGCAACAUUUCGACCACGACACCCUCAUGCGCCAGAAGAAGAUCUUCGAUCUGCUGUGGUACGUCGAGCAGGGCUCCAUCGUCGACGCCGACUACUACGAGAUCGGCCGCCAGUACGACAUAGUCGCCAACAUCGAUCACUACCACCACAAUGAAGUAGUGACGGACUUUAUCGACUACUACCGCAACGGCAUGCUGACCAAGGACGACAUCUUCUCGUACUACCAUCCGGAGCACCGCGACCAGAUGAUGGCCCUCUACCGUCUCUUCUACUACGCCCGCGACUUCGUCACCUUCUACCAGACGGCCGCCUGGGCUCGCAUCCACAUGAACGCCGGCAUGUUCGUCACGGCCUUCACCACCGCCGUCAUCUAUCGGCCCGACACCCAUCACAUCCGUCUGCCGGCCAUCUACGAGCUCUAUCCCAACGUGUUCUUCGACUCGAGGGUCAUCCACGAGGCGCAGCGCGUCGCCAUGACUCGCGGCCACGAGUACCAACAGGAACAUCACGGUGAAGAACAAAUGAAGCAACAACACUGGUCCGGACCCGGCUUCGAGACCUUCCACCUGUUCUCCAACUUCUCCCAGGGCUGGCCCAUGUGCAUGAGCCCGGGACACUAUCACAGCCACGACGAGCACGUACUCGGCUACUUCACCCACGACAUCGGCCUCAACGCCUACUACUACUACUUCCGCAUGAUGUACCCCUUCUGGCUGUCCAGUCGCGACACCCAGAGCCUGCCCAAGUGGAUCCGUGGCGAGUUGUACUACCACGUGCACCAGCAGCUCAUGGCUCGCUACCAUCUCGAGCGCAUCGGCCACGAUCUGCCCGACAUCGAGGCCGGCGGCGACUUCCAGGCCGGCGCAGGUAUGCCCGGCUUCUACGGCCAGUACACCUAUCACACGGGGGUGGCGAUGCCGCGCCGCGACUGGUGGAACGUCGUGCCCUACUACAAGCAGCGCUACCUCGAGCGCAUGCGCCACGUCGAGGCCAGAAUCGAGGAGGCCAUCGACUCGGGCUUCGUCGUCGACGAGCACGGCAACAGGUACGGACUCUCGGGACCCGACGGUCUCAACGUCCUGGCCAAUCUCAUCGAGGGCAAUCACGACUCCAUUAAUCCGGGCUACUACGGCUCGUACGACGCCCUGUUCCGUCACACCUUCGGCCAGCACUACGAGGGCGGCGACGAGCACGACUACUUGCCCGGCUCUCUGCACUUCUUCGCCACCAGCAUGAAGGACCCGGCCUUCUACCGCAUGUACGGCAAGAUCGUCGAUCUGUUCCUGCGCUACAAAUCGCGGCUGCCGCGCUACACCAAAUCCGAGCUCGAGUUCCCCGGUGUCAAAGUGGAGAGCUUGGAGCUGAGCGAGGACCGCCUGACGACGUACUUCGACGCCCAGGACUAUCUGAUCAACAACGCCGUGAACGUGCCGAGCAUGAAGGACGGCCAGUCGUUCCACAUCAAGGCCUGGCAGCAUCAUCUCAAUUACAAGCCGUUCGAUUACAAGCUCGCGGUGCAGAGCGACAAGAGCACCAAGGCCGUGAUCAGGUUCUUCCUGGGACCCGCGGUGGACGAUUACGCGCAUCUGUUGAGGCACUUCCAGUACUUCUACAUGCUGGACGAGUUCGAGGUCGACCUGAUCGAGGGCAUGAACAAGAUCGAGCGCCAUAGCGGCGAGUCCAGUUUCUUCAAGCACGGCCACAUCACCGGCGACAAGUACUACGCCAAGAUCGUGCAGGCCCUCGAGGGCAAGGAGGCUAUGACCCAAGAUGGCCACCAGUGGGGCUUCCCCGAGCACCUCUACCUGCCCAUGGGCAAGACCGGCUCCCACGGCCAGCGCUACAAGCUCUACGUGCACGUGGCCCCCUACCAGCCCGGCAAGAGCCUCGACGUGCCGUUCUUCGGCCAGCGCGUCUUCUACGGCCAACCUCUCGGCUACCCACUGGACCGGCCGAUGCAGCCCUGGUUCAUGCAGCUCGACAACGGCUACUUCCGCGACGUCUACGUGCGCCAUCGGGUCGACGAGGCUGUAUACCCGGCCUACCACGACGAGGGACAGAAGCAACAUCACCACGGCGGAUACUACAAUUACGCCGGUUACGAUCGCGGUGAUUCGAUGAUGAUGACCAAUACGAUGAUGCACGGCCAGCAUCACGCCUACCCCCAGCAAGGUAUAAGGAAUUACGGCAGCAGCGAGUACGUCAAGUACGGCCCGUCGAUGAUCAUGCCGACUAUGCAUCAAAACCACGACGCUGCCUACUACCAACAACAUCAUCAGACUUGGCCCUACGGACGCGUCCAGGGCGUAUCUUCCGAGUACAACAUGAAGAUGCAGCAGCAGCAGCACGAAAGGAUGCACGAGAUGCCCUUGAUGAUGCUGAGGCUCGGCUUGCUGUCGGCCCUGGUCGUGGGCCUGGUGCUCGGCCAGGCCUACCAGCCGGACUACCGGACCAAGUUCUCGGCCGACAAGGACUUCCUCGCCAAGCAGAAGAAGAUCUAUCACGUGCUGGCGCACUACUUCCAGCCGGAGCUCAAGCCCGAGCUGCAGAAGGAGGGCCACGAGUACAACGUCGAGGCGCACGCCGACAGCUACACCAACAAGCACGCGGUCAAGGACUUCCUCCAUCGUGCCGAGCACGGCUUCCUGCCCCACGACUCGGUGUUCUCCGUCUAUUACCCGCACACCCUCGACCAGACCCUGGCCGUGUUCCGUCUCAUGUACUACGCCAAGGACUUCGACGCGUUCCACAAGACGGCCCUCUAUCUGCGCAACGUCCUGAAUCCGGGCAUGUUCCUGUACGCCUACAAUCUGGCGGUGCUGCAUCGGCCCGACACCAAGUACAUGCGGCUGCCGGCCCUGUACGAGCUCGCGCCCCACUACUUCUACAACGUCGAGCUGCUGGAGAAGGCCCACCACGUCAAGAAGUACGGCAAGCUGCUGCCUAAGCACAGCGCCGGCUACGACACCUACGUGAUCCCGUACAACUACUCCAACUACUACCUGAGCGACGAGUACGACUACGAGCAGCGCCUCAACUACUUCACCGAGGACAUCGGCCUCAACAACUACUACUUCUACUUCCGCGCCAACACACCAUUCUUCGUCGGCGGCGAGGAGCUCCACGGCGGCCAGGCCAAGAGCUACCGCGGCGAGGAGUACCUCUACGGCCACCAGAUGCUCUUCAAUCGUUACUUCCUCGAGCGCCUGUCGCAGGGUCUGCCCCACGUCGAGGACUACGACUACUACGGCCGCUUCUACGCGGGCUACUGGCCGAGCAUGUCCUAUCCGAACGGCAUGCACUUCCCCUCGAGGCCGGCCGACAGCCACCUGCCCAAGUCCAAGCUGCACUGGAUCCAGGACGCGGCCGAGUACGAGUCGCGCUUAGGCCAGGCCGUCGACUCGGGCAUCGCCUUCACCAAGGAGGGCAAGACCACCAAGCUGUACGGCGCCGCGAACCAGGACGACGGCCUGAACAUUCUCGGCAACAUGAUCGAGGGCAACGUGGACUCGGUCAACGAGCAGUACUACGGCAGGCUCGACUGGCUGCAGCGCAAGAUACUGGGCUUCAAUCUGGCCCCGAUGAGCCCCGAGAAGCUGCACCCGAGCGCCCUCGAGCACGAGACCACCAGUCUGCGCGAUCCCGCGUUCUGGCGCAUCUACAAGCGCCUGCUGCACUACUAUCAGCGCUACAAGCACAAUCAGGGCGCUUACAAGCCCGAGGAGAUCAGCUAUCCGGAGCUCAAGAUCGAGCGGGUCGAGACGGAUCGGCUGGAGACGUACUUCGAUCACUUCGACAGCAGCAUCGGCCACGGCCUGUACGUGGAUCACGUGGCCGAGGCCGAGGCCUACGUGAUACAGGCGCGACAGCACCGGCUGAAUCACAAGCACUUCAACGUCAAUCUGGAGGUGCACGCUGCGAAGCCGACCAAGGCCGCGAUCAGGAUCUUCCUCGGGCCCAAGUACAACGUGCACAUGAAGGAGCUCGACUUCAAGGACCACCACGACGAGUUCUACGAGAUGGACAACUUCAUCUACGAUCUGGCCGCCGGACCCAACAAGAUCGUGCGCAACUGCCACGACUUCUUCUUCGUGAGCGAGGACCCCGAGCCCUACGAGGUGUUCCUGCAGAGGAUCGGCGUGGCCGCGGACGCCACCGGCGGCGAGGAGCUCAAGCUCGAGAAGCGCGUCCACGGCUUCCCGGCGCGGCUGCUGCUGCCCAAGGGCCGGCCCGAGGGCAUGCCGUUCCAGCUGUUCGUGCACGUGGCGCCGGUGCUGGCCGAGCCCGUGCACUACACCUCGCGCGUCUUCGGCGACUCGCUCAUGGACAACAGGCCGCUCGGCUAUCCGCUCGAUCGGCCCAUCAGCGAGCCCGACUUCCACGGACCGAACUUCUACUUCAAGGACGUGCUGAUCUAUCAUCAGCAGGAGCACGACAAGACCGUUCAUUACUGAGAUGAUAUUGUGUACCUUUUUUUAAGGAAUCUUAAUUGAUAUGAUAUUAACGUAACUGUCGCAUUUAAUAUUGUUUAUGAUCGUAAUGUAAACGAGUGAGAGUGAGAUGUGAGAGCUUCUUUAUUUAUGUACG